UAAACAAAUGAAACCGAAGGAAGUAAAACAACACAAAAUCACAAAUAUUCAUUCAUCUUCUCUCUGGCGCGCGCAUCUCUUCACACUCUGCAAAUCUCAGCUGCGAGCUUCUCCCUCUCCUCUCUGCGACAAAACCCUAAACACGACGAAAUCAGUUCUUCUACUACUACGUUGAAUUCAUUCAGCUGAUUCAAGUACUCUUGUGUGAUUGGAAGAUGAACCCGAAUCAGCAGCCGCAAACAAGUUCAAGCGAAGGAAGAUCGGCAGAUGAUGAUUCUGCACUCUCCGAUUUCCUUUCUUCCUUAACCGAUUAUACUCCCACCAUACCUGAUGAGUUGGUAGAGCAUUACUUGGCAAAGAGUGGCUUUCAAUGUCCUGAUGUUCGAUUGACUAGAUUAGUAGCUGUUGCCACUCAGAAAUUUGUUGCAGAAGUUGCAGGCGAUGCUCUCCGGCACUGCAAAGCAAGGCAAUCAUCAAUUCCGAAAGAUAAAAGAGACAGGCAACAAAAGGAUAGGCGCCUAGUUUUGACAAUGGAAGAUCUAUCAAAGGCACUGCGCGAGUAUGGUGUGAAUUUAAGGCAUCAAGAAUAUUUUGCCGACAACCCUUCUACUGGAAUGGACCCUGCCACUCGAGAUGAAUGAGUAUUUCCUUGUUUAAAUUUCUGUUGAAACUUCUACAAUCUCAUGUGUAGUAAUGUAAGCUUCUUUUAUUUUUAUAUAUCAAUGUGGAACUUGGUAUUAUAGACAUGUUGCUAGUUCUCAGCUAUUUUAUGAUUUGUAUUUCAUUCUACUAUUUGAACAUGUUGACAAAAUUUGUUAUGUAGGAGUGAUAUAGUUGUUGAAUGUAACUAAUGGAAUGAUUUUAAUGAUGUGCCAACUAUAGCAGUGUCUUCUAGAAGCUGCCUAAGCACUGCAUUUUUA